AUGGCUAUGGACGCUCGCUUGGCUGAAGAGGAGAUGCCGGUUAUUUGGACCAACAAGGUCUGGGACGGCGAUCCUGGCGGAGAUGUCGCUCUUCACUUUGAGGGCCGCUCGUGGAUGGUCAAGAAGGAUAUUGUUACUGCCCACUUCCCGGGGAUCAAGGCUUCCAUAGCCAGGACUGAACCGGUGAGCGCGGCAGGCAACAGCCCCUCCUUCUUCAGUUACGUCAAAAUGUACUUCCUGGCCGAGCGCUUUGGCAUCGACCGCCUCCGGCGUGGUAUGACAGCGGGCGUUGAGAGUCUCUCGCAACAUGUAGCGGCGCUGGCGGCCCACCACUGCCCGCACUGCCGCCUCUCAAGGGCUGAGGUAGACUCGGAGGAGAAGCGCCACCUCGCGUCGUUUCUCGAUGCCGUCCGGUUGGUGGAGGCACAGCCGUGGAGCGCGCGCAUUGUCAAAGCCAUGUACGAUGCAGGCGACCGUAUGAAGGCUAAUUUGGCAAGACUUCCCGCGUUUCGUGAGUUUGUGGAGAAGUUUCCCGAAGGGAGGAACUUUGCGAGGGCUAUCGGGGCACAUCGCCUUUGA